AACAGAUACGUUACGCUACUAACUAGCUACACACUAGCAUUAAAGCCACGAAAAGAUGCGCCUUCACGGGAUUAAAACAAUAAAACAAACAACAAGAAGUCUGGAAAAACUUUACCCAACUGUGCCCAAACUUUGAUAGACCACCACCCCAAAUCACUUGCCUUCAGUUUCGAGUGUGUUAGCAUUGUUUUAUCUCACCACUAUUGCCGUUGGACGCGUUUUUUUUCUUCUGGAGCAGUCCAGUCUGAUGAAUUCACCGAAAAAAGACGGAGAUGAUGAUGUGCCCGUUAAAGACCCGGUAAAAUACGGCGAGUUGGUCAUUUUGGGGUACAAUGGCUCUCUUCCAAGCGGAGACCGUGGGCGCAGAAAGAGCCGCUUCGCUCUGUACCGAAGGGCCAAGGCCAACGGUGUCAAACCCAGCGCUGUGCACAUCCUCAACACGCCACAGGACAGCAAGGCUGUCCACAGCAGGGGGCAGCACAGCAUCUCUUUCACUCUGUCCCGUAACCAGACGGUGGUGGUGGAGUACUGCCAUGACAACAACACAGACAUGUUCCAGAUCGGACGCUCCACAGAAAGUCCCAUUGACUUUGUGGUGACAGACACCUCCGGAGGGGGGAAGGAGGGGGAGGACCCCUCCAUCGCUCCCAGCACCAUCUCACGUUUCGCCUGCAGAGUGGUGUGUGAACGCAACCCACCUUAUACUGCACGCAUCUACGCCGCUGGCUUCGACUCCUCCAAAAAUAUCUUCUUAGGGGAAAAAGCAACCAAAUGGAAAAACCCUGAUGGGCACAUGGACGGCUUGACCACCAACGGGGUGCUAGUGAUGCAUCCAGAGGGGUUCCCAGAGGACCCCAAGCAGGGUCUGUGGAGGGAGAUCUCUGUCUGUGGGGAUGUCUACGCUCUGCGGGAGACACGCUCUGGACCCAGCAGGGGCAAACUGGCGGAGGGUGAGAGCAGUGCACUACGUGACGGUUCCCUGGUUGACCUGUGUGGUGCCACCCUGCUGUGGCGUACAGGCGAGGGGCUCAUGCGUGCUCCCACUCUGCGUCACCUGGAAGCACUUCGCCAGGAGCUCAAUGCGUCCCGGCCCCAGUGUCCUGUCGGCCUCAGCACACUGGCCUUCCCCAGCUUGCCACGCAGCCACAGGUGGGAGCCACACCUUGAAGAGCGUCAGCCAUGGGUCUACCUCGCUUGCGGCCACGUCCACGGACGCCACGACUGGGGCCAGAGAUCUGAGGGAGUGGAGAUGCCAGGAGAGGGCGAGGGUUCCACGACCCGCCGAGAAUGUCCCCUGUGCAGGAGCGUGGGUCCCUACGUGCCCCUGUGGCUGGGCUGCGAGCCUGCUGUGUACGUGGACGCUGGAGCCCCCACUCACGCUUUUGUGCCGUGCGGCCACGUCUGCUCGGAGAGGACAGCCAGGUACUGGGCUGAGACCCCGCUUCCACACGGGACGCACGCCUUCAGACCCGUCUGCCCCUUCUGCUCGUCUGCCCUCAGCACCCCCGGCUGGACGCGGCUCAUCUUCCAGGGCCCCAUCGACUAGUCGCCACUCCUCAGCAACCACUAUUACAGUAACAGGAAGAUGCCUGAGCUUCAUUCAUGGUGCAAACGUUGGUCAGUGCUCAGUGUGGAUGGGUAACAUCUUGAGUGUAAGGCUGCAUUCACAACAUAUCAGGCAUUGCGAUGGUCAGCUGCAGAGUUGGGCAGCAGUGUGGAUAUGUCACUUAAAUUUGUGGGGCAAUCUCAAUCUCACCGGCUGAGUAUUCGUCUUUAGUAGAAUUCCCUUUCGAUUAUCAUCACUGUAGUAUCUUUACCGCCACAAAAGACUUGAUGAUCACGAGAAUUAGGUAGGGAAGAGGAUAUAUUGAUAUCGGUAUUGGUAAUCGGGCAAAUGAGUUGUUGCAUAUCUGCCUAAAAUCCAAUAUUGUGCAUCCCUAGAGUGAACACAGAAUAUUUGGUCUCUCUGGCAAGAACUCUAAAACUACUAAAACUCUUUGUUCACUCGAUGGAAAAAAAUCAAAAUGGCAGAUUUUACAAAACACACGACCCUUCCCUUAAAAACUUUACGGAAGAAACACAAAUUCUGCUUUCCAGAAUGUCCAGAAUGUUUCUCUCUGCAAGUCCUCUCCUUUGCCCCCUCCGUCACUCACACACUGAUGAGGAUUAGGUGCGAGCAGCUCUGUUUUGUGUCACGUGCAUGCCAGGAAACAUUUGGUGCAGCUGUAUUGUUGCUCUGCAGUGCCAGAAGCAGGUUGUGGUAAUGAAAAGGAAAAAUAGGUGUGAAAAUCUGUCAUAAAGCAGGAGGAAUUCUGGAGAAUUGUGAUCCCGGGAUAUCAGGAGAGGGCGAUGACAAACACGAGUCUCCCGUGAAAAUCAGUUCGUUUGGCAAGUAUGACAGAACACACAAGCUUUCUCCUUUCUUUCACUCACUAUAAUAUCUAACAAUAGAAAGAGACUGUAACGCAGGUAAUGUGUUUGGCGAGAUAUUGGGUUGCGUUUCUCCAAAAGAUGAUUUCUGUUUUAAUGUUCUGCAGCCCCACUGCUGUAGCUGGACGCACUACCCACAUUUAAAAGACUGGGGCGGGUGGCGAUUUUGCCGCAAGCCUGAUUUGGUAUGAAUGUAGCCAUAAAUAAACACUGUCCGACGUUGUUCCUGAAUGCAAGCUGAAAAAUCCUUCCCCUUGUUUAUCCUUGUGCUUGUUGAGAGGUAUGAGAUCUGGAGAACAGGUGAGAAGAUCAUGACAGAAUGAUCUCUACCGUCGCUGUGCAGUCCUCCGUCAUGGAAGAGUCUGCUGUUUUUCAUUCCAACCAGACACUACACAUUCACCAAUUACCAAAUCUUCAUUAAGAGGGUUCUUAUAAAUAAAACUGUGUAUACACAGGAGGUUAAACGAUGCUGCUUCCCCCUUUUCAAACAAUCAUUUUCACUCCAUUAUCGAUCCAAACACUUUCGUUUAUCAGAAGCCAUGUAUGAAAUGACACGUACUUUUUUGCACAUAAGAGAGGAAUGGCCUUUUUACUCAGUUCAUCUGCAGCGUCGGUGCACGUCUGCAGCGCCUGUGUGUCCUUAACUCGGUGAAACAAACACCACCUCUUGCACUUCUCGGCCUGAUAUCCGACCACCUCUUAAUUUCUAAAAGACAUUAUUUGUAGUCGUUGUCAAAUCAUCAAACAGUACAACCCAUCAGGUCUCAGCUGCUGCAGCUUCUUGUUCCCUUUAUAGAUUUGCAUGUCUUCCUUCCUGACCGGCUGAUUUAUAUUUAUAUUCUCAGCAGGCCACAUUCAUAGUUAACGUGGGAGGUUACAAGGUGAGAUCAGAGGCUUGUGCUUCUGUUGAGUGUUUCAAGUUACUAUUGAUUCACAAAGGGAAACUUAUUAUCAGUUCUUAAAAUGAGUAUAUGCAGUUUUCAUCUUGUCUUCGUACAUCUUUUUAGCGUGUAAUCUAUGCAGCAUAGAAACCCCACAAAUAAGACCCCUCGUGUAGUAUAAGGUUGGAAUGAAAACCUGCAGACUCUGAUUAUCUCUGAAGCACUACACGCUUUGUGAUGGCGCCACAAAGAAUUCACCUCUUAAGGCCAGAUCUUAUCCCGAUUAUCAAGCAGAGCGAGGAUAAGCACGGGCCGGGAGUGAAACUGGGUAAAAUCCACUUCAUAACUCUCUACAGCAAUAACAGCACUCCCAUAGAUAAGCUAGAUGUUGUGCUAUGUUUAGCCAAGUGUUAGGUCGGCGGUCGCUUUUAAACAUGGCUGAAAUGGUUUCCAGGUUAAGGGCUCAACCAGAGGUGUGUUCAACGUAAUGAUUUAUUUUUAUUUCCAAAUGUGUGUGUGAUAUAACCAAAGCACUAGAAUUUAAAGAUGAGCAACUGAAUCAGCGAUUAAAGGAAUCCUUCACCCCUCAAAUGGCAAUUUGUAUAUCAGUUACUCAUCCCGUGUUGCGGUGAGUUUGUGAAGAAAACCUUUGUGUGCAUGCGUCCUGUGAAUGAAGAAUCCUAAAAUAUAGAAAUUUCUGCGCGUAAACUAUAUCAAAACAUCUGUUUACAAAGUCUCACACAGCUUAUGCAGUAUAAUCCAAGCCUUGUCUAUCCAGUUGUAUGAUCAGCACUUCUCAAACACAUGCAUUUUCACUAACAUGUUACUAUUUAAAAUGAACUGAAAGUAAAACGUAUUUAUGCUCUCUUAAAACCAGACUCCAUUGACAAAAACAGUCAUUUUACAUCACUGAACACAGGAGCAGCUGGUCUA